GCGGGAUCCAAAUAUUGACUGAGUCAGUCGUGAAGGGGAGCGAGAAGUCAACACACACAUACACCCCCCCCCCCACACACACAGAGCUCACCAGCCUGCUUCCUCAUGUAUUGGGGCGCGAAGUGUUCAGUGUUUAGACGGCCACUGUGAAGGGCUCGUCACAGAGACCCUUCCUUCCCACAGCUCAGCCGAACACGAACAGCACACUCGCAAAACGAAGUCGUCAAGAGUAAAAACAAGACCAGAUCAGCAAGCACACCCAUAAGACCACAGCCACUGAGUCAGACAGGCAAACGGACCAUGCUUGUCAUCAUCAUGAGGCAAUCGUAUCAGCCUUCCUUCUGUACACCCCCAGGCAGGCAGGCAGAUCGACGGGCAGCAAAACCCUCAAUCCUCCCCAUCCCCCAUCCACUCAUGCGUGUGUCCUCACGCCUCGCUCCCCGAUGAGAUGGCCUUCUGCCCGCCCGCAGCAGCAACACCAGCAGCACCAGCGGCACCAGAGGCCGACGCGGACACCGACGCAGACGCAGAGGCAGAGGCACAUAGAGACUCGCCAGCGGCAGAGAACUCCUCCACUUCCUCAUCCUGCUGCUGUUGCUGUUGCUGUGGUUUGGGUUUGCGCGCAUGCGGGCCUGUCUUGGGGCGUAUGAAGUCGCACAUGGUGUAGCCUUCGCCCUCGUAGUACAUCAUCGUCAUCAGGUUGGUCAGCCGCUGCAGCAGGAACAACACCAUGAUGGUUAUGGCUGAAAGAGCGUUGGCAAUGGGUGAGCGUUGACUAGAGCGUCGGGGCGGCUCGGAAUGCGUCUUUUCCUC